CAGUACUUAGAUCCAUCGACCCCCUCCCCCUCCUCAUUCCCAUGUUGUGAUUUGGAACAGACAGACAGAAGAAGAACAAAAAAAGAUUUUAGAUUCUCCAUCUAUAAUUUUGUUUCUUUCUUUCCUCUCUUUCUUUAUUUUUUGAUUGGCGACACCACCUACAUGAACGUCACACCUUAACGUCGCAGAUUUUGGCCUCUACAUUCAUUCCUUUUCAUUUGAUGAAAUAACGUGACAAAUUACGUGUCGGACAUCCUACUCAUUGCAUCUUCACGUAUUUCAUCAUGAUCGUUAUACACAAUAAUCGCAAAAGCUGUCAUAAGAAGUGAACUCCAAUCAUCCACGUUGUCAUAUUCUAUCUCAAAAGCAACAUUGGAAAAAUGGAAAAUCAUUCUAUAACUGCAAACUCUAUUUUGAAGAAUGGUGUCAGCAAUGUCAAUGGAGUUACCGGUUCUGCCGUGAAUUUGAACGGUUCCGGGAAGUUUCACCAGGCGGGUGGACUCGGCCGCGGGGGAAUACGACGUUACGUUCAUGCUCUUCGACCGUGGUCAUUCAGUGCCUCAUUAACUGCUAUGCUGCUGGGUUCCACACUGGCCUAUAAAUCCAUUGGAACUUUAAACCCUAUGGUAUGCCUUGCUUCUUCCUUUGCAGUGCUCUUUGUCCACGGUGCAGGUAACCUGGUCAAUACAUAUUACGAUUACAUGAAAGGUGUUGACAGCAAAAAGAGUGAUGACAGAACUUUGGUUGACCACAGAUUGGAGCCCAACACUGUUGCUACGUUUGGUGCUGUGCUCUAUGCUCUCGGCUGUGUGGCUUUUGUUGUUGCAGCUGCUUUUUCUCCUGCAAAAAUGGAACACAUUGCAUUGCUUUAUUUUGGAGGUUUGUCCAGUUCUUUUCUGUACACUGGAGGAAUCGGAUUCAAAUAUCUAGCCCUUGGUGAUGUGGUCAUCCUUAUUACCUUUGGUCCUCUUUCGGUCAUGUUUGCCUUCGUCAACCAAGUGGGUCAUCUCAAUAUCGUCCCUCUCCUAUAUGCCAUUCCACUUGCCCUGAACACAGAGGCUAUUCUUCACAGCAACAACGCUCGAGACAUGAAAAUAGACAAGCUAGCUGGCGUCAUCACAGCAGCCAUUUUGUUGGGGGAAACCGCUUCAUACGCUCUCUACUGCUUCCUCAUCUUCGUACCUUACAUCACCUUUGCUGUUGUUGGAAUGAACUUCUCUAAAUGGCUCCUGAUGCCAAUGCUCACUCUUCCAAUGGCUUUCAAACUUGAGAAAAAAUUUCGCCAAAGAAAACUGAAAAUGUUACCAUAUGAAACAGCACAGCUGAAUUUAUUGUUUGGUAUGCUCUAUGUGUUAGGUUGCCUAUUUGCAGAUAAGGAAAGCCUUCCUGGGUUAUAGUAUAGACACUUUAGACAGCCAUCUGAAAAAAGGGAUGAUUUUGUUUUCUUAUCAUGUACUUUUAUAUGGCAGAGAAAAUUUUGAAAAAUCAGUAUUGCUUUAACAUUUACAAUAAAAUGAGAUAAUUUAUCAUGGUAUGUGUAUGUACAUUAAUGUACUUGUAUCUGUUAUAUUGGUUGUGCUAUGAUUGUACAUGUUUUAAACAAUUGCUCAUAGUAUAGACUUGUAUAAUCAAAGUGAUGUGCAUGCCUGUGAAACUAGCGAAAAAUGAGAUUAUAUGAUCUUUACUUUACCUUUACCGCAAAUACUGGAAGAAUGCUGAGACAGCAGUCAAGCUUCCAGGUCUAUCUUCUUGGUCUAUCUUCUUGUACUUGUACUCUUUAAUAAU